AUGAUACCAGUACUGCUGGGCACAAGGAGCGUUCUGGUGGGAUGGACUCCAGUGUGUGUCAAUCAAUGCGGUCGAACUCAUCCAAGCACUGGCUCGGUGCACCUGAUGAAAGGAGGGAGGCAGUCUACGAUCAUUAUGUACACCAUGUCGAAAUGUGUGCCACGAGGAGAUAGCACCCACGCUAUGCAGUCAGAUCAACCGCAAUUACACCUUGGACAAAGAUUUGCCAAUCGAGGUCGUGGUGGUUCUCAAGCAUCAGCUCGUGGAGGUGGCGUUACCGGCACGUCUUUCAAUUCUCGGGCUCAGGGUUUGUACGACCCACGCGAUCCAAAAGAUCGGCCACGAAACCGUAUGCGCUCUACAAGUGAUGAAGGUGAUGUAGCUGGCGAAGGCGGAUGGACAACUGCUAGUGUUGGUAAACAUGGUUGGACUCAAAACAAGGAUGGCGGGCAGCAAAAUACAUGGAGCGGUGGCCAGGGAGGACACAGUUCGUCGGCAAACGAAACUGAAGAAUCACACAGGAAAAGUGAAAGUGGAUCUAUGCCGGAAUGGAUGGAAGAUGGAGAAGAUCAAGAUAAAGAGGAAUCCGGUGAUGAAGUAACGAGUGCAACGGGUUCGUUUGAUGAGCAUGGACGCUUCCGGAAGAAGGUUUGUUCGAAGCAGAAUAACAUGCACCAUGCUUCCGCUGAGUCACCACGAGUAAGAAAAGCCGCUGAAGUCACUGAGAACAAGCAUGAAAGACAAACGAACAAUGAGAACCAGAGCACUGAGAAAAGCUCUGCACCUCGAGAUCCCAACCCACCAUCAGCAGACGUGAAGGUUCCAAAUGUUGAAGCCGAUAGUUCACGAAGUUACCUAUCUGUGCGGCAGCAAAGUGAACCAGCUGGAUAUCAUCCCUCUAUGUCCGUCACAGCAUCCGGUUGUUGGUGCCGGUCCAGAACCUACUGCUGCCCCGUCAAUGAUUCCUCCUCCCGCUCCACAAUUUUACUACUUGGACCCGAGUAA